GUUGAAACACAGCGUUUUCUGGUAGAUCUUAAAAUCAGCGAAGCAGAAGAGGGAAGGUUUUGGACUUUGGCGAGAUUUUCAAGUCCUACGUACAACUUGAUGAAUUUAUCGGCGGCCGGAAAAUUCUAGAGAGAGAAAAUGGGGACGGCCACCGCACUGGCGCCGGGGCUGUCGCGGAAGCUGAAGAAGGUGCUGGAGACUCGCACCGACGCGCCCGAUCUGCUCGCGUCGCUCAACACUCUCUCCAGCUUUUACUCCGACAACACGCCUCAAUCCCGCCGGAAUCUCCGAUCCACCAUCGAGAACCGCGGCCUAUCCAUCAACGAGGAGUUCCUCGACGCCUCCGCCUCCGCCCAACAGGCCUUGGAUCAGGUUGAGGAAGAGGUCAAUGCACUGGCUGAAUGUUGUGAUAAGAUUGCAAAAGCUUUAAAUAAUUGUAAUGCUACCACUGGUGAUAUUAUAAGUACCACGGAGAGGCUUAAACAUGAGCUUGAGAACACCACACAGAGGCAAGAGAUUGCGUCAUGCUUUCUUCGUGACUAUCAGCUCUCGAAUGAUGAGAUAAAUGCGUUACGGGAGGAAGACCUGAGUGAGAACUUUUUCAAGGCACUUGCUCAUGUUCAUGAAAUCCAUGCCAAUUGCAAAGUAUUGCUAAGGACACACCACCAGCGAGCUGGUUUGGAGCUAAUGGAUAUGAUGGCUGUCUACCAAGAAGGUGCCUAUGAACGACUGUGCAGGUGGGUCCAAGCCGAGUGUAGGAGACUUGGAGAUGUUGACAAUCCUGAAGUUAGUGAGCUCCUAAAAACUGCUGUUCGAUGCCUCAAAGCAAGGCCUGUCCUUUUCAAGUACUGUGCAGAAGAGGUGGCAAAUAUGAGACACAAUGCACUUUUCAGAAGAUUUAUUAGUGCCCUUACACGUGGAGGACAUGGUGGGCUACCUAGACCAAUUGAAGUUCAUGCUCACGACCCUUUAAGAUACGUAGGCGACAUGCUGGGAUGGCUGCAUCAGGCUUUGGCGUCUGAAAGAGAACUUGUUCUUGCGUUGCUUGACCCUGAUUCAUCGGCAGAUACUGGACCAAUUGCUCAAAGAUUCUCCAACAUUCCAGAGAGUGAUGUAGGAAAGACAGAAUCAGAUAUGACAUUUGUUCUAGACAGGAUCUUCGAAGGAGUUUGUCGGCCAUUUAAAGUGAGAGUCGAACAAGUUCUGCAGUCACAGCCUAACCUUAUAAUCUCAUACAAGCUAAAUAACACCCUGGAGUUUUACAGCCACACCAUAUCAGAUUUACUAGGGAGGGAAACAGCUUUGUGUAAUACGCUUUGGGCUUUAAAAGAUGCUGCUCAAAAAACCUUUUUCGACAUACUAAAAACUCGAGGAGAGAAGAUUCUACGGUACCCUCCCCCAGUUUCUGUUGAUCUUUCUCCACCUUCUGCGCUAAAGGAAGGAGUUUCGGUGCUGCUUGAAAUAAUCGAAACAUAUAGCAGUGUAAUGGUUCCAGUCUCGGGCAAAAAGCCUCUGUUCGAACCUGUCAUAUCUGCCCUGCUAGAUCCCAUUAUUCAGAUGUGUGAACAAGCGGCAGAGGCGCACAAGUCGAAGGGAGUAAUACAGUCAUCAAGAAGAAGUAGAGUAGGUUCAGACCCAGCUCAACUCCGCAGAUCUUCUGUAGAUGCUAUUUUAGAGAAUACCAAUUCUACCCCUUCGUCUCAGACCCGGGAAACACCUUCUAGAAUAUUCCUGAUCAACUGCUUAAGUGCCAUCAGACAACCACUGUUGACACACGAGGUGGCAGCCGAGUACGUGAAGAAGCUCGGUGCAAUGAUAGAGAGCCACAUUUACGGCCUCGUCGAAAAGGAAGUCGAUUCUAUUUUGCGAAAAUGUGGGUUGUCCAAUAAGAUGUCUCAGUUUUCGUCCAAUGAUGCUCUGCCAGCUGGCGAAUCUGCGCGUUUGGCGGAUAGAGAAGAUAUGUCGCCAGGUGUACUCUCGGAGUGUCUGAAGGGUUUCUUUGGGUUCGUUUUGGGGAGUGAGAAUUCUUUGCCUGAGUUUGAACAGAUACAGUCGCCGAGUUUGAGAUCGGAAGCUUCCGUUCAGUUGGGGAAGUCUCUUGCGGAAGCGUAUGAAGUUAUUUAUAAGGGAAUUAUGGAUCCGGAAAAUGGGUAUCCGGAUCCUAGGUCACUGGCUAGACAUCCACCUGAUCAGAUAAGAACCAUUUUGGGAAUUUGAAGUUGUUGUGUUUUUUUUUUUUGAUAAUCACUUCCCUAUAAGAUUUGUAUACAUAAUGACAUUUUCUUUAAUUAAUUCUAUGUAAUUUUAGCAAUGGAGAACUUGAAUAGAGACACCACCAAUCUGCGUCGUCGAUAAUUUACGGGACUUUUUUUGUAAGAUAAUUUUACGAGACUUUUAGACGUACUAUCAUAAUUGCUCAUGAAAA